AUGCGUCUCCUACCUCUCCUAACAGCGUUUACCUCCCUCCUCUCCCUCACUGUUGCCCAAAAGUCCACCAAUAAGCACCAAACCUUCGCAGACCUCGCCAGCUCCUCAAAGGGUUCCAAAGGUGUCGUUCUCCUCAACGACCAGCUUUUCGGAGACCUCACAGGUCCCAACAGGAAUUUUACAUCAGUUGUACUAUUCACAGCGUUGGACGCUCGGUUUGGGUGUGUGUUAUGUCGCGAUUUCCAGCCGGAGUUUGAUCUACUCGGGAACAGUUGGCAUAAAGAGCAUCCAAAGAGCGAUGGAUUAUUCUUUACAAUUUUGGACUUCAGUGUUGGGAAGCAGACGUUUCAGAGGCUCGGCAUGUCGACUGCCCCAAUCCUGAUGCUUUUCCCUUCCUCAAACGCGGGUCCAGGUUCCGAUCAACCAAUCAAAUUCGAUUUCAACCCGAGUGACAUCACUCCCGCCGAAGCUGUAGCCCGCUGGGUCACCGCCCACACGAAGCACACAGUAACGAUCCACCGUCCCUUUAACUACGUUAAGCUUUUCUCCUUCAUCGGCGGCAUAAUCGGUACCGCGACUCUCUCUAAACUCGCAUACCCUUACCUCGCUCCAGCCUUAUUUAGCCGAAACCUAUGGGCUGCUAUAUCGUUGGUCUCUGUAUUGUUGUUCACUAGCGGUCAUAUGUUUAAUCAUAUUAGAAAAGUACCAUAUGUGGUUCAGGGACGUGGGGGUGGUGUCUCGUAUAUUGCUAGUGGGUUUUCGAACCAGCUGGGUUUGGAAACGCAAAUUAUUGCUGUUGUUUACGCUGUCCUAGCCUUCUCCGCCAUAGCCCUCUGCCUCAAAAUGCCACGCAUGGAAUCUUCCGGCAAGCAAAAGAUCGCAGUGAUGGCAUGGAAUUUAGUUCUCCUCGUGCUUUUCAGCUUCCUUAUGAGUAUCUUCAAAAUGAAGAACGGGGCUUACCCAUUCUUCUUGCCGCCUUUGAUCGCUUAG